CUGAGGUUAAAGUAUUCUUUCCUUUGUCAGGUUAGAAAUAAAGCGAUAAGUUCAGUGCAAAAACAGUAAUAGUAAUAGUUGCAUUUAAUGACAGUCUACUGUGCAACCGAUUCUGUGUACAGAAAAACUUACUUAGGUGUUUUUAUUCUCAUUCUAAAGAUGAGAAACAACUUAAUCAUAAGCAUAAAGCAAACUUAGUUACAGAACCAGGAUUCCAGUGCAGGUUUGUCUAGUUCCAAAGUCUCUACAUCUAACUACACUGUUCCUUAUUAACUACUAGAUAGAACCAUACAUAAAUUAUUACGUCAGCAGGCAGAAGGCUUCAAGUACUCUAUAAACACAGUGCUAGAAAUUAGGCAGGAGAAAGUACAUGGGAUCAAGGGAUCAUCAGUCUCAACCAGACAGUCUUUGGUAAAUCUAAGUCAAAGUAUCAGAACGGCGAAUUAGCAUGUUGAAAAGCAGGUAGGGAUGGGUAAGAAGUGAGUAAAUUCUUCUAUGACUAAUUGUAGAUAUCUAUGCUUGAUAAAAAAGCCUUUCUGACUACUUGUUCUCUUUGGCUAUCAUGGGAGUACGGCUAAGGUAUCCACAAAAAUUACAGAAAUAAAAAGAAUCUGUUAUCAUCUGUCUUUGCCAAGCUGAAGAAUGGAUAGAAAGGAUAUUCAUUCAUUAAUAGCUACUCUACUUUAGCUGAGGAUAGCUAAGCUAGGUUGUUCUUCUGGAGAAUGAACUUGCAAGUUAAUAUUUCAUUGAUUACUAUACUUUUUUUUAACCACGUCUGGCUGAUUUUUUAAUUUUUUUUUGUACAGACAGGAUAUUGCCCAGGCUAGUGUCCAUCUCCUGGCCUCAAACCGUCCUCCCACCUGGGCCUCCUAAAGUGCUCAGAUUAUAGGCAUGAGCCACUGUGCUAAGCCUAUUGGUACUAUUAAGAUUUUCUUAAAGACAUCAACUGUACAGUAUAAAUUAAAUCUAAUUUAAAUUGACGUAAUUCUCCCUCACGCGCGGCGCGGUCCCGGCGGCGCCCUGGGGUCUCCCGCUCCCCGGCGGCCUCCGGCGCGGUGCAGUCUGGGGGAACAUGGCCGCUUCCGGUCUCGCUCCCCGGCCGGCGCUGGGCUGACCGCCGCCGCUGCCCGGCGCGCCGCGCCCUCGGCUUGUCCCGCCUGGCGGCCGCGGAGGCACCUUCGGCCUUUUCCUGCCGCCGGCCCCGCUGCAAAAUGGAGAAGAGCUCGAGCUGCGAGAGUCUCGGCUCCCAGCCCGUGGCGGCUCGACCGCCUAGCGUGGACUCCCUGUCCAGUGCCUCCACUUCUCAUUCAGAGAAUUCAGUGCAUACAAAAUCAGCUUCUGUUGUAUCAUCAGAUUCCAUUUCGACUUCUGCAGAAAACUUUUCUCCUGAUUUGAGGGUCCUGAGGGAGUCUAACAAAUUAGCAGAAAUGGAAGAACCACCCUUGCUUCCAGGAGAAAAUAUUAAAGACAUGGCUAAAGAUGUAACUUAUAUAUGUCCAUUCACUGGUGCUGUACGAGGAACUUUGACUGUCACGAAUUACAGGUUAUAUUUCAAAAGCAUGGAACGGAACCCCCCAUUUGUUUUAGAUGCUUCUCUUGGUGUGAUAAGUAGAGUAGAAAAAAUUGGUGGUGCUUCUAGUCGAGGUGAAAAUUCUUAUGGACUAGAAACUGUGUGCAAGGAUAUUAGGAAUUUACGAUUUGCUCAUAAACCCGAGGGGCGGACAAGAAGAUCCAUAUUUGAGAAUCUAAUGAAAUAUGCAUUUCCUGUCUCUAAUAACUUGCCUCUUUUUGCUUUUGAAUACAAAGAAAUAUUCCCUGAAAGUGGUUGGAAGCUGUAUGACUCUCUUUUAGAGUAUAGAAGGCAGGGAAUUCCAAAUGAAAGCUGGAGAAUAACAAAGAUAAACGAGCGAUAUGAACUUUGUGAUACUUACCCUGCGCUCCUGGUCGUGCCAGCAAAUAUUCCUGAUGAAGAAUUAAAGAGAGCAGCAUCUUUUAGAUCAAGGGGUCGUAUCCCAGUUUUAUCAUGGAUUCAUCCUGAAAGUCAAGCCACAAUCACUCGAUGUAGCCAGCCCAUGGUCGGAGUGAGUGGAAAGCGAAGCAAAGAAGAUGAAAAGUACCUUCAAGCCAUCAUGGAUUCCAAUGCCCAGUCUCACAAAAUCUUCAUAUUUGAUGCUCGGCCAAGUGUUAAUGCUGUUGCCAAUAAGGCAAAGGGAGGAGGUUAUGAAAGUGAAGAUGCUUAUCAAAAUGCAGAACUAGUAUUUCUGGAUAUCCACAAUAUUCAUGUGAUGAGAGAAUCCUUACGAAAACUUAAGGAGAUUGUAUAUCCCAACAUUGAGGAAACUCACUGGUUAUCUAACUUGGAAUCUACUCACUGGCUAGAACAUAUUAAGCUUAUUCUUGCAGGGGCCCUUAGGAUUGCUGACAGAGUCGAGUCGGGGAAGACGUCAGUGGUGGUGCACUGCAGUGAUGGCUGGGACCGCACGGCUCAGCUGACUUCCCUUGCCAUGCUCAUGUUGGAUGGGUACUAUCGAACCAUCCGAGGGUUUGAAGUCCUUGUGGAGAAGGAAUGGCUGAGUUUUGGACAUCGAUUUCAACUAAGAGUUGGCCAUGGAGAUAAGAACCACGCAGAUGCAGACAGAUCGCCUGUUUUCCUCCAGUUUAUUGACUGUGUCUGGCAAAUGACAAGACAGUUUCCUACUGCGUUUGAAUUCAACGAAUAUUUUCUCAUUACCAUUUUGGACCACCUGUACAGUUGUUUAUUUGGAACGUUCCUCUGUAACAGUGAACAACAAAGAGGAAAAGAGAAUCUUCCUAAGAGGACUGUGUCACUAUGGUCUUACAUAAAUAGUCAGCUGGAAGACUUCACUAAUCCUCUCUAUGGGAGCUAUUCCAAUCACGUCCUUUAUCCAGUAGCCAGCAUGCGCCACCUAGAGCUCUGGGUGGGAUAUUACAUAAGGUGGAAUCCACGGAUGAAACCACAGGAACCUAUUCACAGCAGAUAUAAAGAACUUCUUGCUAAACGAGCAGAGCUACAGAAAAAAGUAGAGGAACUACAGAGAGAGAUUUCCAACCGAUCAACCUCAUCCUCAGAGAGAGCUGGCUCUCCAGCACAGUGUGUCACUCCUGUCCAAACUGUUGUAUGAUGGACUGUUACAUCAUUGCUACAAACUCCUGAUUACAGUGGCAGCUUUAUGAGUAGAAAGCCUUCCGAACUGAGAACCCAACAAUGACCGGAAGUUCAGCCGCUUUAUUUUAAAUCGUUUUAGGAUAAGUUUAGAACUGUAGUGGUGCAGGUGGCUUACAUUAAAUAACUCCAUAUGUAAUUACACGAUUAUGACACUAAUCUUACAAGUCACUCAAAGAAUAUUAAAAUACUUCAAUCCU